AUGAUCCUGAAUCAAAUCAACACCAACGAAUUCUAUUAUCACACCAAGUCGGGCCUAAUUGAAAUUGGUGGUGAAGAAUCUCUUCUAUCCCCAUAUGGUUCGGUUCGUGAGUACGGACUGGCUAGAACGAUGUGCCGUCUAUCAUUUGCAACGCUACCGCCAGAGAUACGCUUGUGUAUUGCCGAACGCUUAGAUCGAGAUGAUCUCCUCAGACUUGGCGGCGUCAACAAGAAUCACUGCGAACUUCUGCGCCCUAAAAUUGUUGGCUACCGGCUUCUCUGCGCAUUAACCCGGAGAAAUGAAACUCUUGCCAUAGAAAUCCUGCAGAAUAAUUUGCAAAUCGACUUGAAAGUACGCUGUCGCAAACACAUGUCGGCAAUCCACAUUGCUUCUUCGAAUGGAUUCAAAGACAUUCUCCGGUUUUUACUCGUGGAUCGUGGACACAAAUACCUUCUUGAGGCCCAUGAUAUUCACAGGAACACGCCCUUGAUAUAUGCCGCUCGUUAUAGCGACGACGAAACCAUAUCUUUUCUUAUUGAACAAGGGGCUGACGUCAAUGCGCAAAAUGUUUAUGGGGAAACCGGGCUUCAUUUGGCAAGCUCUCGAGGAAAAGAGGUGGCUGUGAACCGCUUUUUAGAAGCAAACGCCGCAGUUUCUGUAGCCAAUGCAGCUGGAAUGACACCACUUUGGUAUGCUACUACACGGCAGUAUGUAGCUAUCGCAAAACGCUUGAUGGUAGCAGGCGCAACUAUUCCUUCUCGAAAUUCCGGCGGGGACACGGAGCUGCACCUAGCUGCACGUUUCGACACUGGAUGGACGCCCCUGAUAUGGGCUGCCUGGAAUGGUAAUGCCGAAUUGGCAUGGAUUUUAAUCUUGAAUGGGGCUGAUGUGGUGGCGACCGAUAAAGAUGGCAGUUCGGCGCUAGACUUUGCAAUCCGAGCAGGCCACACCGAAGUCUCAGAUCUCUUAAGGGGUCAAAUAGGCGGCUGA